GUUAUACAAGGCUAGUAAUAUCACUGAUAAAGUGAAGAACCAGUUGAGAAAAUGCACUCACUUUAAACAAUAAUUAUAACAAAAGUAUUGGGUUAUAGUUCACUUUAAAUACAUUUAUAGUAUUUUACCAAAAAAAUUUUUUAUAGUUGUAACUUGCAUAUAUAUAAAUGUAUUUUAAAAACGUAGAUAUAAUAUUAUAGAUACACGUUCAUGAUAAUGUUUUCAAAGUCUUGUAUAAAAUUAUUGGAGCAAGUUGCCUUUGACAACUAGGAAAACUGAGCCAAGAAAUGGGCGUCGCCCAAUUGAUUAGGGAUAUUAACCAGUUGUAACGUAGCUGAACCAAAAUAACAUACUGAAUAUAUUUGUUUUCUCUAUAACGUUUUGGUUAAUGUAAUGUUUUCUUGAAAAAUUAAAAUAGUAAAAGUACUAAUAUGGUUUCUUCUACUUAAUUAUCCGGUACAUCCGCAGUAUUUUUCUCCCCUCCUAUAACUCCACAACACGAAAACGAAAACAUAACACAAAAAUGAUUUAAAAUCAAAUGUGACAAAGAAGGAAACAACAACAAUUACAACAACAAAAAAGGAAACAAAAACAUGAAGAUUUCUCCACAUUGUUUGGUUUCUCUAUUUUCAAUCAUCCUUUUGUCGGGAUUCGCCUCGUCUCUCCACAUCUCUCUUGAUGCGUUUGUAUCACACCCAGCCACAAGCCGAGCUCUUCUUCGGGCAAAGAAACCAUGCAAAGAAGAUUUUGCGAGCAAGGAUUACACAAUCAUAACGAGUAGAUGCAAAGGACCAAAGUAUCAAGCCAAGGCAUGUUGCUCGGCCUUCAAGGACUUUGCAUGCCCAUACGCGGAAAUUAUUAGCGAUGAAACGACACUAUGUGCUGCCGAUAUGUUCUGCUACAUCCAAAUCUAUGGACGUUAUCCUCUUGGCAUAUUCGCAAACAUGUGUAAAGAAGGCAAAGAAGGGCUUGAUUGCACCAACGUCAAGGCCACCUCUACGUCUUCUCGUGGAUAACUCCCACUUGUUUCCACACACGAAUUGCUUUUCACCGUUCUCUUGUUUUGCCUUUUCUAAAGACAUAUAUAAAAUGUUACCAGUGGCGGACCCAGCAAAAAAAGUUCUACUGAGGUCACACAAUGUAAAUAAAGUGUAUUUUGAAUGUAAAAAAGGUAAAUAUAUGGUUCA